CAUUUUGUGGCAAUAUGGAUGUCGAGCCUGCCAAAAUUUGCAUGCCUUAUUUAUUUUGAUCUAUAUAUGAAAUUUACAUAUUACGUUUUAUUAUUAUGUAGCAUGGUCAGUUAUGAUAUCGUUAAAAAUGUCAUGUUCAACAUUUGGAUUUAAUGUCGUAAUAACCAUUUACAAUUCCAAUUGUCUGUUUUGUAAUUGUAAAUGAUUCCCUUUCUAAAAAAUUUAAAUUAUUGAGAGCAUCAUUUUAUAUGAACAAAUUUCUAUUUAUUGUUCGAUACAGUUAUUGUGUGCACUUAAAAGUCACACUUGUCUAUAUAACCAGUGUCCUACUUAUGCAUAUUGCACACAUUUAUGUUAUUCUUUAGCACUGUUUGCUUUUUCAUGCUAUGAUUGCUGAAACAAAAUAUCACAGACAUAAUAUUGUAUCAGAAAGUAUUAAGAAAUCGUUAGUUUUGUUACAUUUAUUGUUAAAGAAAUAGAUAAUCAAGGAAUUUUGAUAAACCUAUAAGUCCAUAUUGCCCAUCCAUAUUCCACUAUACUUGCACCGCCUCUCUAUUUUUAACCCCAAAACUCACUUCAUUAUUCCACAAUACAAGUGAAAAAUAAAUAUAAAUAUUCUGAAAAUCAAGUCUGCGAAGAAAGUGAGAUACUUCUUUUCUACAAGUGAAAUUUUUCUUUUGAAGUGUAGAUGUGACUUGAAAAACCACACUGUUUGCAUCAUUUUCAAUAUAAAUACAAUAUAUAUAUAUGUAAUACAAAUGCAAACUUCAGCAUAAAGAGAUCUGUAGACCACGAAGGAGGCGGGGCUUAAUUAUCCAAUUAAGAGCAUAGUUAACCAUAGUGGAGCAUAUCAAACUAUUCAGUUUGACUCUGUUCAUUCUGGUUGGUCUUGGUGGUCGGAGUUCUUGUUAUUUUCAUUAGAAAAUAUGGACCCUAAGCUUUUUGAAACCAUUUUUAAAUACAAAGUUCAUGGUUCUUACAAGAGUGGUUUUUCAAAGGCACAGAAAGCUGAAAUUCGUCGCAAAGCGAAAAACUACGAAGUUGAAGGUCAGUAUUAUUCUGAAGUCUUCUGUAAUUGUAUCUGUUCUUUUUCUGAAUGUAUUACUUUCAAUACAUUCUUAUUGUUUUUGUUAUGUGAAUAGAAUGUUAACAGUACAGUCUACAGUGUUAUCUUUGUUUUUAAAACUACUCAAAGCAUUUUUCACUAAGGGAAGAAAUUUAACUGAAUUAUAUGGCUUGUUAGUUGUGAGUAUACAAACCAAAUGAAAGUUUUGAAUUUACAUUAAUUGCAGCAUUAAAGUGGAAUGGAUAUGUCUAAGUCGAUAUUUUGUUUUGAAUACUGUUACUUUGAUAUGGCAUAUAAAUAUACUCUGUGUUUAAAAUAAAUUUUUUUCAAAAGCUUUUUGAACAGACUUAUUUACAUAUAACAUUUUUCCAAAAUAAGUGUUUUCUGUUACUUAUUUGUUGGUGGUAGGACAAGAACUGUUGUAUGUGAAAGGCCAGGGAAGAGAUUUAAAAGCAAAAGUUGUCUGUGGUGCAACAAAAGCCAACGAAAUCUUCUUGGCUUUCCAUGCAAGUGCCUCGGGAGGUCACACUGGCCAAAAGAAAACACGAGAUGCCAUAGCUAGACGCUUCUACUGGCCUGGAAUGACAGCAGACAUAAACAAAUGGGUAUCAGAGUGUGAAGUGUGUCAGUCUGCAGGGUAUAAAAUAAAAGACACCAUUGAACAUACCCCAAUAAAGGUUUCACAUCCUUUCGAGCUUAUUGGAAUGGACCUUAUAGGGAAACUAAAAACCACAAAAAAUGGAUAUCAGUACAUCUGUGUGAUGACAGAUUACUACACGAAAUGGACUCAGGCGUACCCAAUCACCAGUAAAACUGCAGAAGAGGUCACUACACAGAUUCUUAAAUUUGUUUUUCAAUUUGAAGCCCCUAAAAGAAUUCUGACAGACCAAGGCACAGAGUUUGUCAAUUCGAUAAAUAAGAAUGUCUGUGAAAAAGUGGGCAUUAAAAGGAGUCUCUGUGCACCCUACCAUCCACAAACAAAUGGUUUGGUGGAAAGAAUGAAUGCCACUAUCCAAAGGUCUCUGUGCAAACUUGUGGGGUCGAAACCAGAAACCUGGGAUGAGUAUCUCGAUGCGGUCAUGUUUGGACUUAGGACCAAAAAACAGAUGACUACAAAGUUUUCCCCUUUUUUUCUUAUGUUUGGACGUGAAGCUCGAUAUCCGUUUGAGAUCCCAGAGAAAUAUGAGAUCAACAACACUGUUGAGCAGGUUAUGGAGGAAGAGACUGUGACAGAAUGCAUAAAGCAUUUGGAUGCCAUUAAAGAGGUCAUUGAGGCAAAUGUGACCAGAUCAACAACAAUGACAAAAAAAAGGCUGCGCUCAGCCAGCAGAAACGUGUCAUUCAGUGUAGGAGAGUUGGUUUUGAGGCAAAAUGUGAGGAGUCAACAAAGAAAAGGGGGUAAGUUGGAGCCCAACUUUCUUGGACCUUUCAAAAUAUCAGCCCUCCAGGGAAAGAGUGCUGACCUUAUUUCAGAAAAUGGAGCACUGUUUAAAAAUAUCAGUAUCGACCAUCUCAAACACUUCAAACCAGAAAAUCCACGAAUUCCACAUAAGAUGACCACACAAAAAACAGAAAAUCCAACAUCUGCUCCUCCAGCCCCUCCGACCACCUCUCCUCCAGCCCCUCCGACCACCUCUCCUCCAGCCCCUCCGACCACCUCUCCUCCAGCCUCUCCUCCAGCCCCUCCGACCACCUCUCCUCCAGCCUCUCCUCCAGCCCCUCUGAUCACCUCUCCUCCAGCCCCUCCGACCACCUCUCCUCCAGCCCCUCCGACCACCUCUCCUCCAGCCCCUCCGACCACCUCUCCUCCAGCCUCUCCUCCAGCCCCUCCGACCACCUCUCCUCCAGCCUCUCCUCCAGCCCCUCCGACCACCUCUCCUCCAGCCUCUCCUCCAGCCCCUCUGAUCACCUCUCCUCCAGUCCCUCCGACCACCUCUCCUCCAGCCUCUCCUCCAGUCCCUCCGACCACCUUUGCUACAGUCCUUCCAACCACCAUGUCUGACACGAUUUCAACAGUUUUAAACAAGGUGUGGGGAGGAACACAUAAAGACACAUAUGUCCUACUGUCGAAGAUUGGACCCUACAAAUUAUUUAGCUCGGACUUUGCCAGAAUUUGUCCGGGACAGGAGCUGGAGAGUGAGGUUAUUAAUGCCUACCUACAUCUGAUGGUUAAUAACUACAAUAGGAAUCAUCAGGAAAAAGCCAGAAUAAUUGACAGCUUUGAAAUGUCACGGAUUUGGCUCAAAAAAAGUUCCAGGUUAAAGAUUGAUCCAGAAAAGUUCAAGAUAAUAGUGGGUAUUGUUAAUGAAAGUCACCAUUGGAUGCUAGUGGUAAUUUAUCCACUUGAAAAAAGGACAGUUUUCCUUAACUCACUUGGAGAGUCCCAAAAGGAUGUGAAGAGGUGCUUGGAAGCAACAAGGGCAUUUAUGAGAAGCAAAGGGAUGAAAGUCUCCAGGUGGAAAUGUGAAACUGUCACCCAUGCCAUCCAACAAGACAUGGUUUCUUGUGGUGUGUUUGCACUUAAAUUUGCAGAGUGCAUACUGGAAAACAAGGACCUGAACUUUCCAUCGACAGCAGAAGCUGUUAAAACCAACCUCGACAUUUCUUCCACACUUCUUUCUGAAUCAGAGUCAGUGGAGAACCUCUGCAGACACUGUGGCAGUGAGGACAAAGAUCAUUUGUGGAUCGCAUGUGACAGAUGCAACUGGUGGUACCACCAAGACUGCAUUAACUUCAAGCAAACCAACACAGACUACUGCUGUGAAAUGUGUUUGUAGAUUUAAUGUUUGCAGCAAUAUUCAUCAUAAAUGACUGCAGUUCAGUAGAUUAGUAGUUUAAACUUGACAAUUUUUUUUCACGUAACUGGUUUUCCAAAAAUUGCUGUUAUGAAUAUUCUUUUGUUGAAUAUAAUAAAAUAUUGAUUUAAUUUGUAUCUUAAACAAAAAUAAAAAUUGUUUGUGCAUGCUUUACAUUUAGCAAAGUUGUAAUGUGAGAUUUAUUUUCUUCAG